GCAGGCGGCUCGCUUAUGCGCACCGCUGAACUCUGGCGCGCGCGAGAAGAACGACGCUCUGUCUCUCCGCCUUCCGUUUCUCUUCUGCUCCUGCGCCUCAUCCACUUCCGCUUCCAGGCAGAGGCCCUCCUCCUUUCCCUGGGUGCUGCCGGCGCUGGCAAGAUGGUGAACGUUCCCAAAACCCGCAGGACCUACUGCAAGAAGUGUGGGAAGCACCAGCCCCACAAAGUGACCCAGUACAAGAAGGGCAAAGAGUCUCUCUACGCGCAGGGGAAGCGGCGCUAUGAUCGCAAGCGGAGCGGCUACGGUGGGCAGACAAAGCCCAUUUUCCGCAAAAAGGCAAAGACCACCAAGAAGAUUGUGCUGAGGCUGGAGUGUGUGGAGCCCAACUGCCGCUCGAAGAGGAUGCUGGCCAUCAAGCGGUGCAAGCACUUCGAGCUGGGAGGAGACAAGAAGCGGAAGGGCCAGGUCAUCCAGUUCUAGACAUGCAUCUUGUCCUUUGAUAUGGAACCCAUUAAAGUCCUGUUGGAAAUCC